CCUAGUAGUGUUAAGUGGGGUAUAUGGCUCUAUAAAGCAAAAGAGAAAAGGGAGAGAAAAACACAAUAUCAAAAACUCACUUCUUGUAACAAAAACAACCUCUUCACAAAUUGUUCUUGUUGACCCACAUCACAAAUCCUCAAAUCCUUUAUCUGUAAACUAUUAACAAGAUCAAAAUAGUUUCCAUUGAUAAAUUCUGCUUCAAAAUACACAUUGCAUCAUAAAGUGUAUCACAAAUUUGUUCAUCAAAAUGGGCCUAUCAAGUCUUCCAGCACAAUCUGAAGGAGUGUUAUGCAUCAUUCUAGUAAACACUGCCAUGUCAAUAUCCAUAUUCAAAGGCAUUAUAAGGACUAUCCUGCACAUUGUUGGUAUCAUUGCUUCACCAUCUUCCUCUCCUUCCCAAGACUACAUUCCUCAAAACAUACCUGAGUCAUAUGAAAUCCAUCUAAGUCCUUCAGAUGAUUUCGUUGAAGAGUUCAGAAGCAGAACACCAACACUUAGGUUUGAUAGUGUGUGUAAUAGCUGCAAAGAACCUGAACAUGAUUGCUCAGUGUGUCUCACUCAAUUUGAACCUGAAUCAGAGAUAAACUAUUGCAUAUCAUGUGGCCAUGUUUUUCAUAAAGUGUGUUUGGAGAAGUGGUUGGAUUAUUGGAACAUUACAUGUCCACUUUGUAGGAGUCCUUUAAUUCCUGAAGAUGAUGCAUCUUGCUUAUGGUAAGAGCAAUGAUUGAAGCAUGCACAAAAUAUCUAAUGGAGAGGUUACUUCAUGUACAGUAUAUAGUGUGUAAAUAUCUGUGACAGUUUUGAUGUACCUAUCUAUGUAUCUGACUUUUUCUUUAGUCUUCUUAGUGCUUUUGCCUUUUAUGAUGUAGAGUUAGUGGAGGGUUUUGUUUACCUUGUUUUUUUUCCUUUUCUGUAUCAUAUGUUUGCCACAUAUGAGAUUAGGGAUAUAUAUACUUUUUGGUUAUUUGUGUUUGUCCAUAAUGACCUCCUUGUUAAUUAUCUGAUAUUAUAGAAGUCCCUUUUUCUCUUUU